UUGCAGGGAUUAAAAGUCUUAGUCUGAGACUCAAAGCCCAGACUUGGUGCCUGUUAAUGUGCGUGCGCUCGAGCGCACGGGUCCCCCCAGGGGGCGUCCCGCAAAGAAGAGGGGGAGGGGCAUCCACUGACCCCACCCCCACAUUACAGAGGGAUCCUAUUGGCUGGGGCUCCCUGGGGGCCAGCCAAUCCGCCCUGAGGGUCGUAUUCUUCCUGCGCUUUGGGGACCAGCCCUCACUCCUCCAGCUAAGCGCAGCGGUGGACUCCCCCGCAGCCCUGCUGUCCAGCUUCGUUCGUCCUCAUCAGUCUGGUGAGGGCAAGAUGCCGACCUUUCCGUGGAUGUUGGAUGUUGAAGCCCAGAUGCCCCCUCCGGGCGAAUGGAAAACGCCCCCCUUCGACCCGCGCUUCCCUAACCAGAACCAGACGCGUAACUGCUACCAGAAUUUUCUGGGUGAGACCGUUUGGGCCAGGCCCUCUGCAGACUACCACCGGUGCGUGAAGAACAUGAGCCGCCGCGGGAAGAACACACAGCCCUGCGAGUACUAUUACCGCGUGUUCCAUUCCCUGUGUCCCAUCAGCUGGGUGCAGCGCUGGACCGAGCAAAUCAAGCAGGGGACUUUCCCGGGCAAAAUCUGACCGUGCACUUGAGCGCUGCUCCCCUGGAGGCUUCAGCCCCCAGUGACCUCCGUCCUCUGACCAAGCCCCACUCUGUCUCUACGCCACAAAUAAAGUUAUGGUGCUGCUAA